AUGCCUUCAUCCUCCUCUUCCUCCCUCCUGUGGCCUCUCCUCCUCUUCCUCCUGCUCCUCCAGCUGCGGCCCGGCGGGGCGGCGGAGGACUGUGGCGCCUCUUUCCGCUCCGGUCAGGACGACUUUGUGCUGGACGCCGAGGACGCGGUGAAGGAGGGAGCGGCUCCUCUGGCCACCGCGCAUGUGCAGUCUCCGGAGGAGUGUCGGAGCGCGUGCUGCUCGAACCUGCGCUGCAAUCUCGCGCUGCUCGAACCGGGCUCCGAGGACAACCGCACGUGCGUCCUGUUCAGCUGCGUGCACAGGAACCGGUUCGUGUGCAGGUUCGUGAACCAGGUCGGAUACCAGAGCUACAUCCGGGAAACCGUGUUCGAGAAAUACCUGGCGGGUCCAGGUAAGCAGGCUCCGCCCAUCGCCAUCGCAGGCCGUGAUGUCGUCACUCAGCCCGGCGAGACGGUGACGCUCAACGGCAUUGAGAGUCUGGCGCUGAACGACGCCCGCAUCACCGACUACAGCUGGAGUCUGCAGAGCGGAGACAGCGGCGUCAAGAUGGAGAAGACGGAUCUACCUGACCAGGUGAAGCUCUCCAACCUGCAGCCGGGCUAUUACGUCUUCCAGCUGACAGUCACCGACUCCAACGGCCAGUCAGACAACACUAACGUUAAGGUCCUCGUCCUCAGCCCGGAGAUGUCCAGCUUGUUCUGUUGGGCUCCCAUGAAGGUCGGACCGUGUCGAGCAGCGUUUCCCCGCUGGAGGUACGACGCUGCAACAGGCAGCUGUGAGCAGUUUGUGUUCGGAGGCUGCAAACCCAACAAAAACAAUUAUCUGUCCGAAUCGGAGUGUGUGUCUGCCUGCAGAGGAGUCACAGUGGCGGCAGAAAGGAGCGUCACUCCGCCCGCUAAAGAGGCGUGUGGUUCGACAUGUCGUCCUGAUCAGCUGGUCUGUGGCAACGGCUGCUGUGUGGACAGACGUCUGGAGUGUGACGGCGUGGCGCACUGCAGCGACGGAUCGGACGAGGAUCACUGCAGCAAAUUGAAUCAGACCUUCACCCGCCUGCUGGACAUCGAUGUGAACCAAAGGAGAGCUGUGUGCACCGAGCCGCCCAGCACUGGUCCGUGUCGGGCGAGUUUCACCCGCUGGUACUACAAUCCUCUGUACAAGGAGUGCUACACUUUCACCUACGGCGGCUGUGACGGCAACGAGAACAACUUCGAAGAAAGUCAAAAGUGCAGCCAGACCUGCGAAGGAGUGACUGAGAAACAUGUGUUUUCCAGAGGGCUGUUUGAGCGUUUUGAGAAGGAAGAAGAGAAUGACUCAGGCUCCGUGGCGCUGGCCGUGGUUCUGUCGGUGGCCAUCUUGGCUCUGUUGGCCAUCUUGACCUACUGCUUCCUGAAGGCCCGCAGGAAACGCACCCAUAGGCCCGUGGCCACAGGCCCCGCCCAAGUGACGCUGUCGGAUCCGGAUUCACCCGUAUACAACAGCACCACCAAACCUGUGUGAUGUCAGCGCCACGCCGGUGUGACGUCACCGCUGUGGUUACCAUGGAGAUCUGCCACCAGCUGCUGCCUGACAUGUUGUUUUUAUUCUCAUCCGGUUUCAUUUCUUCUAUUUUUUAAUGUCACUUUCCUUUAAAUGUCCCACAGUUUCUUUGCUGUUUGUGUUUACUUCUGUUCUCCUUCUGAUUCCUGAUGUUUUCCCGUUUCUAAGUUGUUUUCAGUCAGAAUGUUGCUACCUUUUUGUCUGUAUGAGAGGAUUUUAUUGACUAUUUACAGUUUUUGGGGAAACUGUUCAAGCAAACAAACUAUGUUGGAUUUUAUUUAUGAUUUACAAAUGAUUGAAGGUAGCAGGUUAGCUGUGCUAGCGUCAGAGCGCUGUUUCAGGUGAAUCAUGUAGGUUCUUGACUUCUCAUUCCAGUCCGACAGUGGCUGUUUGUGUUCUCUUAGGUUGUGCAGCAGCUUUUUUAUUGAUCGUAUUAGUAUCAGUCAGUGCUGGACUGGAUUUUAUUGAUCAAUUUUUAACAGACAGCUAUUCGUUGGGUUUCUGAAGAUCUGCCCUGUUUGAAUAUACAGUGUGUGAUAUCAAUUUUUGUUUGAUAUAUUUAUGAAUUCUGUGUUUUUGGGUCUCAGGUUGAGUUGUUUUAAUGCAAGUAUGAAGUUAAGUGUGUUUCAAUUAUCUCAGGUUUUUAAUAUAUGCAGUCGUGUUUUUAAUAAAGUCAUACGGAAUCAAACAUGAAA